AUGUUGGGCCGCUGCAGGGGCUUUGGGUUACGUCGGCCGCCCAAACGUCUCCCGCGUUGGGCCCUUUGCGGGGUGAUGGGCGGCGGCGUUUGGAUUGUGGACUUCCUGACGGAUCACUCCCCCAGACGGUUUUGUCGGGCGAUGGGCGUAGUGAUUCAGGUUGCGCUGCUCUACAAAUACGCCACCCCGGAGACGCCGGAGGCGUACCUUCAGCUCCAUCGCCGUGCGGCCCAAUUGAUUCUGAAUUUAUGCCUGGCGAACGAGGGGUUUUAUAUCAAACUCGGGCAGGGGUUGAACUCCAUGAGCCACGUCCUCCCGCGCGAGUUCACCGACACACUGCGCGUACUGCUCGACCAGGCCGGCCCCGUCCCCUUUCCCGCGAUCCGGCGCUGUAUUCAGGAGGAAACCGGGAAGGCGAUCGAGGAGCUUUUCGAAGGGUUUGAGGAGAAGCCCGUGGCAUCUGCCUCGAUUGCGCAGGUCCAUCGCGCGUGGAUUCGGGGGAUGGAUGGGAGCGGGGCCUUGCAGGAGGUCGCCGUUAAAGUCCAGCGGCCCUGCAUCCGCCGACAAGCCCCUUGGGAUCUCGCCGCAUUUCAGCUUAUGUCCUUUGCCGCUCAGUAUUUAUUUGGCCUUCCAACGGAGUGGGCUCGCAAAACUAUCGUGGACGGCCUGCAAUCCGAGCUGGAUUUCACGCAAGAGGCCGCCAACGCGACCUUAUUCCGCGAUAACUUCUCCAACGAUAAACGAAUUUACAUCCCAAAAGUCUACGACCGCUUCACGACAUCCCGCUUGAUGGUGAUGGAAUGGGUGGACGCGACCAAACUCCUGGAUAUCGACGCGAUUCGUGCGCAGUUUUGUGAGAAGGCGGUGCUAAAGGUCUUAUUCGAGUCUUUUAGCGAUAUGGUAUUUAAAUACAAACUCUUCCACAGCGACCCCCAUGCGGCGAACGUGCUGGUGCGUUAUAGGCCUCGCAAUGGCAGCAUCAGGAAUCCCGACGUCGGGAAUAUGAGGACGGAGCCUCAGGCGCCAAGAAGGAAUCGAAAAGAUAUCCAAAUUGUUCUCCUUGAUUUCGGCUUGUGCGUGCCCAUCUCUGAGCGUUUUCGAAUGCAAUAUGCCCUCCUUUUCAAGAGCUUUAUUGAGCACGAUAUCGAGACAAUCCGGAAUGUUGUAAGGGAAUGGGGCGUGAGCGAUGAGAAGACGUUUCUCACCCUUCACAUGCAGAAGCCGCUGACGCUGAUCCCGAAAGGCCCCAAUGGUGAGGUGAGCAAGGAAGAAAUUGCCAUCAUACGACGGGAAGCUCACGCACGGAUAAAGGGCCUCCUUACGGACGAUUCUAAACUUCCGUACGAGCUGCCUAUGGUGGCCCGGGGCCUUGAUAUCUUGAGGGGGAAUAACCGCAUGUACGGUUCCCCCAUUAACUACGUUAAAGUCAUGGCUAGGGGAACGUUAAAUUGCUUAGGGCCAAUUCACGAUCACAAAGGAGUGCAGCGCUAUUUGCAACAUGUUCACCAACUUACCAUGGAGCGCUGUGUUAGUCAAGACAGACAAAAAAGCUGGGCAAAGGAAGCGGGGAUUGUGGAAAAAUAUGAUGAAAGCUACGACCAUUCCACCAAAAGUAAGUUCACCAGUGUGUAUACUGAAGAAUCGAAGCAAUUACGUUCAGUGCAAUCUAUUGUGUUGCAUGAGCUUGAUUUGGAGCAUAAAGCUUCUCUGUGUCUAUACCUCUCAUCUAUGCUUGGGAGUCUAUACCAAUCAAUUAAGUUUUAUACGAUAUUACUUCGUUUAGACCUCAUACAUCGGAUCACACAAUGGUACAAUACGUGCCUUACCGCGGUUGCCCCUGCUCGAGCGACGGGGCAACUAAAAAUCCCCACCUUAGAUGAGCUAAUUGACGAUAUGCAGACAGUAAACUAG